UCAAGGACAAACCCUCCCAACCAAAAACAAAAUUACAACCUUCAUCUCUCCUUGAUAUUCUCUCCAACGUUCCACCCUUCAUUGUUUCCUCCGCUCAAACCCGAUAAUGGCCUCCACUCUCACCUUCUCCCGUUUUCUCUCCUCCGCUGCUUUCGCCGCCACCGCCACCACCACCACCUCAACCAAAGCCUCCCUCAUUCCUCCUAAAGCCGUCUCCUUCCUCUCUCGCCCCCUCAAACAUUCCCUCCCUCGCCACUUUUCUAAGCCUCUCACUCUUUCCUUCACCAAAUCCGCACCCACUACCGCCGCCAUUUCUCUAGGUGAUAAGCUCCCCGACGCCACUCUCUCUUACUUCGACCCCGCCGGCGAACUCCAGACCACCACCAUCUCCUCCCUCACAGCCGGCAAAAAGGCCAUCCUUUUCGCCGUUCCCGGCGCUUUUACGCCCACCUGCUCUCAAAAGCAUCUCCCGGGCUUCGUCGAGAAGUCCGCCGAGCUCAAGGCCAAAGGCGUGGAUACCAUCGCCUGCAUUUCUGUAAACGAUGCUUUUGUUAUGAGGGCGUGGAAGGAGAAUCUUGGAAUUAAAGAUGAGGUGCUUUUGUUGUCUGAUGGGAAUGGCCAGUUCACUAAAGCAAUUGGGUGUGAGUUGGAUUUGAGUGAUAAACCUGUAGGCUUGGGGAUUCGGUCAAGAAGGUACGCGAUUUUGGCUGAGGACGGCAUCGUUAAGGUGCUAAAUUUGGAGGAGGGCGGCGAGUUUACCUUAAGUGGAGCAGAAGAUAUGCUCAAAGUGCUCUAAAUCUGGUCAGGUGUAGAUUAAUGCCUGAGUUGAAUAAUUAAUAUUUCCUAAUAAAAAUGGAUACAAAUGCAAUAUGUUACGUUUUGUUCAAGAUUUUGUAAUUUUUUAUGUUUUUGUUUGUCAAAUUGUGUAUUACCUGAUGGAAAUGCGUAUUCUACCAUUGAUUUGGAGCUUCUUAUUUUAA